AACCUCAUGUUGUAAUCUAUUUCCUUUCUAGAGUAUACUGCUGCUAGAUCAAGAUGCAAAAAAAACAAAAGGAGCCAAUCCAGUCCGUGCAAGUCUUCGGACGCAAGAAAAGCGCGACCGCAGUCGCCUAUUGCAAGCGUGGACGUGGAAAUCUCCGUGUGAAUGGCCGACCAUUAGAGUUGGUGGAACCUAGAGUAUUACAAUACAAAUUGCAGGAACCUAUCCUACUGUUGGGCAAAGAAAAGUUCUCUGGAGUUGAUAUUAGAGUGAGAGUAAACGGUGGUGGUCAUGUGGCACAGAUUUAUGCUAUUCGCCAAGCAAUUUCUAAAGCACUAGUUGCAUAUUAUCAAAAAUAUGUUGAUGAAGCCAGUAAAAAGGAGGUAAAGGAUAUUCUUAUUCAGUAUGAUCGUACUCUCCUUGUUGCUGAUCCAAGAAGGUGUGAGCCAAAGAAAUUUGGUGGUCCAGGUGCUAGAGCACGAUACCAGAAAUCGUAUCGUUAAUUUCAACAAAUUUUACAUUCUUUUUUGUUGAAUAAAGAAAAAUGUUAAAAUCCAA